UAGGCUAAUCUCGUCGAACCACGUGUGCCCAUUCUCGAAUAUUUCCGUUUAAAACAAAAAAAAAAAACUCGUUUCCACUUUGGUCGGAAUGAAAAUAAUGAUACUCUCGGUCUCCGCCUAAACCAAAGCCCACGUGUCCUCCUUUUUCUCCCCGAGUGCUUCACACCCACCCGCACCUCAUUGGCCCUUUGCGGGGCCCACAGAACUCCAUUUCGUCAUUGGAUACGCCUACUUUAACUGGACCCCACACCGACACGAAUCAGCCAAUUACAUGUCAGCGCUCCUGUUGGAUAGGUGCCCUAGACACGUGGUGCCUCCUCUGCUCCCCUGCUAUGAUUAUCGCUUCAGCAACCGGAGAGAGACCAGAGAGAGAACCAGAGAGAGAGAGAGAGAGGGAGAAAGCCGGAGAUCAGAGAGAUCGUCGGGAGAGGAAGCUGAAGAAGGUGAUGGACGGCGGAGAUGGAUGGCACGUGGCAGCCGGCGGUGUAGGACCGCAAGACAAAACGAUAAUCAACCGGAUAAUGCUCAGAUUCCGUCCAAUCGCACCCAAACCGGUCCCCGGAGGUUCCUCUUCAGGUGAGAGUCUCCCGGAGAGUACGAACAGAAGCUCGUACUCUCCGUGUAAGAGAGCCAAGAGGAAGUACAUUCGUAACAAGAAAAGUAACAGAUCUUCCACCGGACUGACCGGAGAUCCACAAGAACCUAUCAUCAUAGACUCGACCGCCAUCACUCUCCAGCUGUUGCCCGUAGAAACAGCCUCCGGCGACAUAUCCGGUGCUAGAUCUUGGUUAAGUCUUGACCGGGCGGUAGAGGAAACCGCACACCUAACUUCUUCUUGGGUGAACGCGAGGCCCUUCAACGGCUGGGAUGCGGCGGCGGGAUCUGAACGGAGCAUGGCGGUGGCAGCGGCGCCGGCGCCGGUGGUGGUUGUGGAGUCGCGGGUGACGGUGGAAAGCGUGACGGACACGUGCAUGGAUGUGCGAGGGUUAGGUUGUACGGACGAGGAGAAAGUGAGGAGUUUGGAGAGGGACACGUGUCCGGGGUUUAUAUCAGACGGUUUUAACAGAGUUGAGUGGGUGAACGAGGCCUAUAAAGAAAUGGUGAGUAGGCAAGGGCAGCAUCAGUUACCGGAGGUGAGGGUUUGGCUGGUGACGAAGGCGGAGUUGCCGGGAAAGGGGAACCCGGCGUUCAGUUGCAGGGUGAGGCUGCAGCACAGUGGGGAAAAGGAGAAGUGUUCGAAAAUGGUGCCGUGUGAUGUGUGGAGGUUGGAGGAGGGUGGUGGGUUGGCUUGGAGGCUGGACAUGAAGGCUGCGCUAAGUUUGGGUCUUUAAAAUCGAAGACCAGCUGCUGGUGCUUAUUAUUAUCAGGGAACUUGAAUUUGGAACCAUUUAAGAGAUAUAUGCACUACUUUUGAGGUUAAAUUCAUGUAGACGGAAGAGGCGACUUCUGAAGAUCUGAAGAAAUAACUGAACAGUUGAUGAGUACUGAUGGAUGGAGUUUAAGUGUAUAUAUGUGUAUGCAUGCAUGGUAAGAUCAAUAGAUAAGGCAAGCAAGCAAUGAAACUGAUCAUCAAGAUAUAUAUUAACUAGAAGUGGGAGUGUUGAAGUAGUACGCACCCAAAUUUCUGCUGGAGCUAGCUGAUCUGAACAGAUUAAGCAUAUUGGCUGCAAGGGUGAACAUGUACGUAGUCUAGGGUUCGAGAGUGGUGCUUUCGCUGUGUCGAACUUCGAUUCAUUCCAGUGCAAGUAUAAAGCAACAUAUAACCUGGUGAUCAGUAACAUAUUGAACACCAUGCAUAUGUACUAUAUCAAACCUGGUAUGUAAUCGAUCAAGUGUUCUUGUUUUACUUAUGCAGUAUUAGACAUCUUGAUUAU